AUGAAGGCGAAGCCACAGCUAGAUGAGGCGAUUGCGUACUUAGAAGCAGAGAUUGCAGCGCUCUGUGCAGGAGAGAAAGAUGAUGAUCUAGUGGAAAUUGCAGUCUCUAUUGCUGCAGGAGAAGCACCUCUUCCAACGGCUCAAUUUGCUCCUCUCUUGGCGCUUUGGACUCCUGCACCAUCGUCGAUUGUUUCGGACUUAGCAGCGCUUGUGGAUCGCUUUGAAGCCGCAAAACAACGAGAAGAAGAAGAAAAACGUGAGGAUGAGGAGGAGGAGGAGCAUAGAGGUGUAAAGGAUACUGAACAUGCAGUGCUAGAGCAAGCGAAAGGACAGAGAAGACGUCCAAGGACGAGACCAAGAAGAAGGUUUGAAGAUCCAGACGGCGACAACGCGUCACAGUCAGCAAGUGAUGGUACAGAUGCUUCAUCUCCUAGAGAAAAUGCUGCUACUAAAGAGGAAAAGGAGCAGAUGGAAGUGGGUUAUGGUGUAAAAGAAGAAGGAGAUACGGCUCAAGAGAAGAAGGAUGUAGAAAUGAAAGAGAAUACAGAAAAGGAGAAGAAGAAGAAGAGUGUGGAGAAUGAAGUAAAGGAGAGAAAAGGAGAUGAAGAGGGUAAAAAGGUGGUAGAGAUUGUUGUCGUGAAAGAAAAGAGGUCGGAGAAAGCAGAGGCUGCCAUGGCGAGUUUGAAGACAUUACGGAAGAAUAUGUUACUGGAUGUAUUGUCAAAAAUUGUGUCAGUGGCAAGGAGUAAAGAUGUGGAUCCAGCCAUGUUUACAAAAAUAGAUAGAGAAAGUAUGGUUGGAAAGGAGGAGGGCAAGGAACAAGUCGAUUUAGCAAAGAUUCAGGAUCUUGUGACAAGUGGCGUCAUUUGCGAGUGGGCGCAGUUUGCAGAACAGGUUUAUCUCUUUUGUCAGCAUGUGGUGACGGAUGCAGAGCAGCGCGAGCAGCCUGAAGCGAGACGAAAAGGUGUGGAACUGCUGCAUUUUGCGAGGACGCUUACGGAGACGCUGCGUAAAACUAGCGUAAAGAAGGAGGCUAUUCUGCUGCAAAAGAUAAGUGAAGCGAAUGAGGAAGCCGCAGCUGGUAAAGGAGACGGCAACACUGCUUGUAAUGAGGAAUCGAUGCUAAGUAAAAAGGUAGAGGACGGUAGCGCAGGUAAAAACGACGAUCAAGCUAUGGAGGUCGCUGCUUCAGGUGGUCACGACUCGAGUAGCAAGGCAGUCAACGGAGAAUCUUUGGGCUUUGAAGCUUUGUCACCCUCACGCGCGUCGACGCGAAUUCGCAAACGCACAAGUAGUGCCAGUGAUGGCACUGCUGCUGUUGCAUUUUCUCCCUCCUCGCUCAACUCUCGAAAACGCACACGCGUCAUAUCUGUGUCGGCUGCCUCAGCAAGUGAAGGAGUUAGUGGAUCAGAAAGUCAUGACGCUUCUGCUUCUGAAGCAGACACAAAGUCACGUGAACAAAGUAAAACGUCCAAGUCUCCAGCAAAACACACACAGACACGCAGACGCCGUCCUUCGCUGCCAGCAACACGAAUCAGCUCGCGUCAACAAAAACGACGGGUAGCUGCGGCUGCAGCGGCGGCUGCCGCAGAUAGUGCUAAUAUAGGUGACGAAGAAGAUCACAGAAGUAAUGGUGCUCUUUACGUGGCCGCGGAAAAAGAAGGCAACGACACCAAUGAGAAGGAGAAUGAUGUAGAGGAGAAAAAGGAAAAAAACGAACAGGAGGAAGAACAACCGGCUUUGAAGAAGAAGAAAACAGCGUUAAAGUCAAGGGCUCGAAAAAAAGGUUCUCGCAAGCGAUAA